AUCUAAUAUUGGUACCCAGUUUGUGUGUGUGUGUGUGCAUAACGCUAUCCGAAACUGCGCUUCGGGAGAGUUCUCCUUUACCUUCGCUGCUAAUCACUAUAGGCCACCAUGUCGCUUGAACGUCAGGUCAGAGCCAAGUUGGCCGGCAAAAGGGACCUUGAGCAAGAGAAGGAGGCUCAAGCGUGGAUAGAGACGGUCUUGGGUGAAAAGUUCCCACCAGGAGAGGCGUUUGAGGACGUUCUCCGUGACGGUCAGGUCCUCUGCAAAUUAAUGAAUAAGAUUAGUCCUGGCAGCAUUUCCAAAAUCAAUACUUCUGGUGGACAGUUCAAGAUGAUGGAGAAUAUUAACAUGUUCCAGCAAGCGCUCAAGAAUUACGGCGUCGCUGAUGUGGACGUCUUCCAGACCGUAGACCUGUGGGAGAAGAAGGACAUUGCCCAAGUUACAACUACGCUUUUCGCCCUUGGCAGGACGACAUACCGGCACCCUGAGUGGCCAGGACCAUACCUGGGACCCAGGCCCGCAGAGGAGUGUAAGCGCGACUUUACCGAGGAACAACUGAGAGCAGGAGAAACUAUCAUUGGCCUGCAGGCCGGCCAGAACAAGGGCGCCACACAGGCUGGACAAAACCUUGGUGCCGGGCGCAAAAUCCUGCUCGGCAAGUGAGCAUAUCGUCUCCUCUACAGAACUAUUGUAACCUGUAUACUAACGAAUCCUACACCUCCCAUGUUCUGAUUGAAGUUUGUAUAUAAUAAAUAAACAAAUAAAUAAAAUUGUAUUUUAAAAGUAUAGAACAAGAAAUAUUCGUGUAACAUAUUACAGUAUAUUCUUCAUCCUCACAAGUAUUAAAUUUCAUCCAUUUGAUUCAAAGUCUUGAGGUUGAAGAUCAGCCCUAUUUCACUGCGGAUAGAAUUCUGAUGCAUAACAUUCUCAUUUUCAACAUAUAUUGUAUUUAAAUCUAAUAAUAUAUUCAGAGCUUCUCGGCAUUUUGUUGAUUCUUUCAAAAACUAUAUAAAUCUGUGUGGAUAAGAACUAGCCAGUAUAUUGCUUGUCUGUUGAUGUCUAGAAAUAAGGUUUAUGUGAUAUCGUUAUUGUUUUUUACUUGUGGAAAGAGAGAAGAAAUAAAAAAACAUGUCUCAUUUUGAAA